UUUGUGAGGGCUCCUCCGUGAGGGUUCCUUGGUGCCUGUCCGUGAGGGCCCCUCCGUGAGGGCUCCUCCGUGAGGGUUCCUUGGUGCCUGUCCGUGAGGGCCCCUCUGUGAGGGCUCCUUGGUGCCCCUCCGAGAGGGCUCCUCCAUGAGGGCUCCUUGGGGCCUGUCCAUGAGGGCCCCUUUGUGAGGGCUCCUCCGUGAGGCUCCUCUGUGCAGGCCCCUGGUGCCCCUCCAUCCCUGCCUGAGGCAGCGUUUGGAGAACUGCAAAGAAAUUGAUUUCAGUGAAACAGAAAUUCCCUGGUGAAACCCCUUUCAGUUUUUCUAUUGCAGUUCCUCAGCAAUGGGGGUGCCAGGGGGGGCUCCUGCCCCGGCCAAGGCUCUGGGCCAUGGUGGCCCCGUGGCCUCUCUCCUGCCCUCCUGGUUUUGGGGCAGCUCUCCCAGCUGGGGGAGGAGGGUUUGGAGGAAAUGCCCAACCCCGGAGUCUGUUGGGGCAGGAAACGCUCGGGGGGCUCCCCCAGAGGGGCUCCUUGCCCUGGGGGGCUUUGGGAGGGGACGUGGGGACACCCCUGAGGUGAAGAUUGCAGCUCUGGCUGCUGAGGGUUCUCCAGCUCAGGAAAUCACCCAGUGCAGCCCCCAUUCCCUGCAGUCAUGGCUUCAUUCUUGCCGGGCAGCCAAAAAUGCAAACUGUGCCCAGCUGGGCUGGCUCUGGGGGGCUGCAGAGGCCAAAAUCCCCCUGGAAGUGACCCCUGCCAGGCAUUUGGGGGUGCCCCAGGGCAGUGCCACCAUGGAGCCACACAAACAGGGGACAGGGAUGCUGCUCUGCCCAGCGCCCAACCCAUGCUGGUGUUUUUCUAUCCCUGGAGAUUUCCCAGCCCCACAAUUGUGAGUUCUGCCCUAGCCCAGAGCAGAACUGGCACCUCCAAAGCCUUUGGGUCACUCUGCUGUGCUGCUGCCCCGGGGAGGGUGCAAACCCCACACACUCCAUGGAAAUAACCCCAAACACAACCCCAGCCAUGGCUUUGUGCUCUCUGGGAGGCAGCUGCUCCCACGCAGGCAGAAGGAAGCUCAGCCUGGCAGCCACUGCAGCCACUUCCUCUGCAAAUGGGGCCAGGCCUCGGCAGAGUGUGGGGCCCAGAGCCUGGCCUGUCCCUCUGUCCCCACUCUGUGUCCCUGUGUCCCCACAGUGUCCCCCUGUCCUCACUUUGUGUCCUUCUGUCCCCACACUGUGUCCCUCUGUCCCCACUCCUCGUGUCCUCACUCCCUGUGUCCCUCUAUCCCCAUAUCCAGUGUCCCCUCUAUCCCCAUAGCCAGUGUCCCCUCUGUCCCCACACUCCUGUCCCUCUGUCCCCACACUGUGUCCCUCUGUCCCCAGCCCGUGUCCCUCUGUCCCCAGCCCGCUCCCGCAGUGUGCUGAGCGCGGAGCCCGCGGCUCUCCCGCGGCCGCAGAAGCUGGGCUGGCUGCGCAAGCAGCGCUCCAUCGUUAAGAACUGGCAGCUGCGCUUCUUCGUGCUCCGCGGGCAGCAGCUGCUCUACUACAAGGACGAGGAGGAGGCCAAGCCGCAGGGCUGCCUGGCUCUCCAGGGCAGCUCCAUCAACGUGCUGGCCACCAACGCCGAGGAAGGAGGGAAAUUCAUCUUUGAGAUCAUCCCGGGGGUGGCCGGCGAGCAGCCGCGGGCGGGGCAGGAGCCCUGCGUGCUGAUGGCCAGCUCGCAGGCGGAGCUGGAGGAGUGGGUGAAAUCCCUCCGGAGGGCGCUGGGCUCGGCCUCGGGAGCGGUGUUCGGGCAGUGCCUGGCACAGACCAUGGCCCAGGAGCAGAGGCUUGGGCAGCAGCUGGUGCCCAUGGUGGUGCAGAAGAGCGCUGAGUUCAUCCGGGAGCACGGCGUGGCCGAGGAGGGAAUCUUCCGCCUGCCCGGCCAGGACAGCCUGGUCCGGCAGCUCCGCGACGCCUUCGACGCCGGGGAGAGACCCUCCUUCAGCAGGGACACCGAUGUCCACACCGUGGCCUCCCUGCUCAAGCUGUACCUGCGGGAGCUGCCGGAGCCCGUGGUGCCCUGGCUGCAGUACGAGGAUUUCCUGCUCUGUGGGCAGGCUCUGGAGGCUGACGAGACAAAGGGCCACCAGGAGCUCCUGAAGCAGCUGUCCCUCCUCCCCAGAGACAACUACAACCUCCUCAGCUACAUCUGCAGGUUUCUCUAUGAAAUCCAACUGAACUCCAGUGUCAACAAGAUGAGUGUGGACAACCUGGCCACGGUGAUGGGGGUGAACCUGAUCAGGCCCAGGGUAGAGGACCCUGCAGUCAUCAUGAGAGGCACGCCCCAGGUGCAGAAGGUGAUGACAGUGAUGAUCAGUGACCACCAGAAGCUCUUUCCCCCCGCCAAGGACGUGCCUCCCUCCCCACCUGCCCCCAAACACGAGAAGAAAGCUCCUGUCCCUCGCAGCUCCGUGGGCUGGGGGGCUGCCGAGGAGCCCAGGGGCUGCACCCCAAGGCAGAUGGGCUCUGUUUUGCAGAGGGAUCCCCCCAAUUUCAGCAGCAGCCCUGCCUCAGCUGCCACCUCCAGCGUCCCUGGGGAGGACCCGGAGCCCACAGCCAUGCUGGGAGCAUGGAAAACUCAGCCAAGGAAAAGAACCCAGACUUUACCCAGCAGGAAAUCCUUCCUGGCAGCCCUGGGGGACAAGGGCAGCAGGGACAGGAGCGAUGUCCUCUCCAGUGACUUUUGGAAGAGCAGCCCAUGCCCCGUGGGCUGUGGGGGACACAAGAGAACGCUGUCCCAUGACCUCUUUAAGCUGCUGGACCUGCACAGGGCUGCCAGCUGUGACAGCAAUGUGGCAGAGAGCGGGGAGGGCAGCGGCUCCAGCCCCAGCCCUGCCAGCAGCACCUCCGAGAAGGAAUUCCUGCCCUGCUUCAGCCCCUGCCAUGUGCCAAAGGAGCCUGCCAGCCCCAGCAGCAGCCCUGCUGAGGAGCCCAGAGCUGAGCAGGACAGCAGGGAGUUCCUGCAAGGCGUCAUCCACAAGCUGGAGAAGGAUUUGGAGGAGCAGAGGAGUGACUACGAGGGGCAGAUGGAAAGCCUCCAGAAGGAAAACUAUGAGGUGUGGGCCAAGGUGGUGAGGCUGAAGCAGGACCUGGAGCAGGAGAAGAAGAGGAGUGGGGAGCUGGAGCUGAGGCUGAUGAGCGUGGAGCGCUCGCGGGAGGAGCUGGAGAGGAAAACCAGGAUGCUCGAGGAGGAGAUAAAAAACUUAACUAAAGCCAUGAGUCAAACUGGUGCCAAAACCAACUAGGAGGAGACACCCAGCUUUUCACAGACACCAAAUGCAGCUGCAGGAAUGCUCAGGAAUUGCAGGUUCAGAGCCAGGGACUUGUAUUGUCCAGGGUCUGCUCCUGCCCACAGACUGAGGAGGAGGAAGGAGAGCAGAGCUCAGAGGCUGGUUCAUGCUCUGAACCAGGAAAUGUCAGAAAUAUCCUUUAGCUUUUUUGGGUGUGUUUAUUUCAACUCUUCAGUCAGCUGCUCAGGUUACCUGGAGCACAGGCCAACACUUCCUGCUGCUCAGUCAGGAUUGCACUCAGAAGUUUGGGUUCUGGACCCAUUGUGCCUUCACAAGAGGGAACAGAAGUGUCCCUGCUCCAGCUGCCUGUCUGAGAUUCCCACAGGCAAAACAUCCAUGGACCCCCACACUCAGACCAGAGGUUCCAAAGUGUCUGCCACCACUUCACAGCUGCCACUCACAAUCUUUCCUGUGAUUCCAGAUGACCUUGACAGAGCUGCUUCAGUGUUUAUUUAAUUUUUUACCUCUGCAAGAAGCUCCUCAGCAGUGUGAGCGUGAGGCAUUAGGGAGAAACUUCUCCGUCCAGCAUCGUGAACAUCUGGGCUGGAAAUGCCACACGCUCCUUUCUGCAAAGAUCAAAAGUGUGAAGAGGCCAAUAAUUCCUUCACAGCAGACUGUAAUGACGUGCAAAGGCUUGGCUGAGGCUCAGAAAUCCCCACGAUUAGGACAAGUGCACGGUGUUUAAAUAAACUGCGCAUUCCUGCGCUUCCGCUCCGAUAGGCAAAACAACCCCGGCUGCAGGAUCACAGGCACUCUUUGAAGAUAUUGCACCCAUUAACAUUUGCAGGGUUUGCAGAGGUCAUCUGGGAAAGAGAGACUUUCCAGCAGAGGUCAGGUGGGCUGGAAGUUCCUGAGAGCCUGGAGGGGAGAGAGCCACGGGCACCUUGAGCUGCUGGUGCUGUAAGAUGAUGAGGAGUUCUUUCCUUUAAAAUGGGCUUUUUCCAGAGACAGAGAACCACCUGUGAAACUGCUCCCUCUUCAUCCCUGAGGGGCUGGGUGUCCUCUCUGCUCAGCCCAGAGCCUGCUCUGGGUUUUCUGCACUUGCCCAUCUUCUGCUGGAGUCCCCAGAAGGUGAGAUCCCCAAAAACUGCCUGCUGCCCAGCCUGCAUUUCCUCCCUCCCUCUGUUUCUGCAGCCAGGCCAGGAACCUUUUGGGGAGAGAGCAGCAGAGGAUCUCUCCUGUUCCUGGGGCAGGGGACAUUAUAAACUCACGGUUUUGGGGGUUUGGGGGCCUUUCAGCUCAGCAGGUUUUGGGCAUUGACUCUGGAUCCCCUGCAGAGGGUGAUGCUGCUCCUGCCAUAUAAAAGCACAACAGACUGUCUACCACUGAGAAAAAAGAUCCUUUCCAGCCCUGUCCUGUAGGCUUGGAAACCUCCAAAAAGACAUUUUUCAGCCCUUAACCCUCCCACUGCACCGUGAGGACACAAGAGCUUUACCAAGGUGAUAACCCCGAGAUCAGGCUGAGGAUUUUCCUCUCCCUUUAAAUGUGACAUGGCUUUUCAAAUUAGAGUUGCUAAACCACAGAUCCCAUUGCAUCCAAAUCUGUUAAAUUGUGCAGUGUGGGAUGAAAGUCAGGCACCUUUCAGGCCAUCCUUUCAGUCCCCCCCUCCCUGCAUUCUUUGUGCUAGAGCAGAGAGUCUGUUCUGCUCCUCUCAGGUAUUCACUAAAUAAAUUCCUUUAGGAAUUCACUCUCUGGUAUCCAAGGGCUUGGUAGGCACGAGAGGCAAGAAAAUAAAACUUUCCUUCCCUCA